AUGUCCACCCUUGCAACCCCUACUGCUGCUGGCACUGGUACUCAGGACCAUCAGCUUCACCAUCCUCACACCCUAUCCACCUUGGAUUUCCAAGGUGCUAGCAGUGCAGCCGCGGCCAGCGCUAUGCGUACAGAGCUCAAUCGACUGAUCUCUCAAGUCAAGGACGAGCAGGAGCGCAAGGCUUUCCAACACGAGAUGGGCAACUUUUUCCUGCUUUUCACCCGCUGGCUGGGCGAGAGAAGCAAAGGCACCAAGAUCAAUUGGGACAAGGUCAACUCACCCCCUGACGAUCAGGUCGUACCGUAUGACAGCAUUCCCAGGGUCGAAUCUAGCCCCUACCUCAACAAACUGGCUGUUCUGAAACUCAACGGUGGCCUUGGAACCACCAUGGGCUGCGUCGGACCCAAGAGCGCGAUUGAAGUCCGCGACGGCAUGACUUUCUUGGACCUCAGUGUGCGCCAGAUUGAGUAUCUGAACAAGGCCAAGAAUGUAAACGUCCCCUUUAUUCUCAUGAACUCGUUCAACACGGAUGACGAGACCAAGCGCAUUGUCCAAAAGUACGCCACCCACAACAUCGACAUUUUGACCUUCAACCAGUCCAGAUACCCACGCGUCAAUAAGGAUUCGUUGCUGCCUGUCCCACGUAACCCUGUCGGAGAUCUUGCUGACUGGUACCCUCCUGGUCACGGAGAUCUGUUUGACUCCCUUAAUAACUCUGGACUCUUGGACAAGCUGAUCGAUGAGGGCAAGGAGUACCUCUUUGUUUCCAAUGUCGAUAACUUGGGUGCAACUGUGGACGAGAGCAUCCUCAAUCAUAUGGUUGAGUCUGGCGCAGAGUUCUUGAUGGAGGUCACGGACAAGACUAGGGCUGAUAUCAAGGGAGGCACGCUUAUCGACUAUGAAGGCUCGAUCCGUCUGCUCGAAAUUGCACAGGUGCCAUCUGCACACGUCGAGGACUUCAAGAGUAUCAAGAAGUUCAAGAUCUUUAACACAAACAACCUGUGGGUCAAUCUGAAGGCGAUCAAGCGUGUGGUUGAAGAGAACGAGCUGAGCCUCGAGGUCAUUGUGAACGAUAAGACAACAGAGAAGGGCGAGAAGGUCAUCCAGCUUGAGACUGCCGUCGGUGCCGGUAUCAAGCACUUUCACAACGCCCACGGUGUGAAUGUGCCCCGCAGCCGUUUCUUGCCCGUCAAGUCGACUUCGGACCUGUUCUUGGUCACUUCGGAUCUCUAUGCGCUCAACCACGGCGAGUUGGCAUUCAACCCCAAGCGCAUGUUUAACACAGUGCCCCUGAUCAAGUUGGGCGAUCACUUUAAGAAGGUCAACAACUUUUUGGCGCGCUUCAGAAAUCCGCCGCACAUUCUUGAGCUCGACCACUUGACUGUCACCGGCGAUGUGUCGUUCGGAUCAGAUGUUGUCCUCAAGGGCACCGUAAUCAUUGUCGCCAAUGCCGGUUCUCACAUUGAUAUUCCUUCCGGCAGCAUCCUCGAGAACAAGGUGGUGUCUGGUAAUCUCCAUAUCCUGGACCACUAA